AUGACAUAUCCGACAUUACAUAACAUAAGAGAUUCGGACACCGAUGACAUAACGGCCGAUAAUUUUAUGUGCCGUUUGGACAAUGGAGUGAUUGGUUUGAUAAGACACUCAUCGGCUCCGACGACUAAAUGCUGGGAAAAUGCAAAAUCGCAAUCGUUUUACGCGCGCGACAAUGUCUCCAAUUUCAUCAAAUGGUGUCGAAAGUUUGGGGUCAGGGAUGCCGUACUCUUCGAGAGCGAAGACCUGGUCUCUCACGUCAACCCACGCAAUGUAGUGCUAUGUCUAUUAGAAAUCGCACGAAUCGCGUGCACUAAACACUCGUUCAGUCCGGCGCCCGGUUUAGUACAGUUUGAACAAGAAAUCGAUGAAUUGGAAAACGAGACCAUCGAUGGCUGGUCUGUGUCCUCGCUGUCCAACGAAUGCAAUAUUAGCUACAGAGGAGAAGUGACAGCUGCCGGUCCCUCCAAUGCCCGGAUGGCAUCUGUUUCCUCUCUCAAUAGCAGCGACUCCUCCAACAGUACAAACACAUCGACCACUACUCCAACCAAACUCACGUCUGAAUUGGAUCACAAGUUUCAAUUACAGUAA